AUGCUCACGUCAGAAGCCCGCCCCGAUUCCCGUCCAAAUCCUGCAUGGGCCGGCAAAAAUCGCUUUGGAGGCAAUGAUCUCCUUGGGAAUUGCGUCUCCAUCACGUGUUAUGGUACUGUCCUGAUGCUAGCGCUGAUGACUUGGCAUUUUGAUGCUUCAUCUUCUAAAGCAUCACAGGACCUGAUUGAUUUCCUGAGAUGUCCUUACAACAGUGAAGUGAAGAGAAUACUGGAGGGUCGAUAUCGAAGCAGAAUGCGUGAAACGGGCUCUCCAAACUUCGACUUUUUGCUUGUCCUGAAUUGA